AUGAUUGCAGCAGCGGAAUCAAUCCUUUGUCAAACAGAGGCAACGGAGGAGACUAAGAACCUCAUCCGACACCAAGUGUCGUCUCUCCUAAUGGCCCACAGGCCGCGGGAAGUGCUUUCCAAGGUCGAACGUGAUGCGCUUAGAGAACUCAAGGCCGACAAAGACCUGGUCAUCGUGCCAGCGGACAAAGGACACGCCAAAGUUGUACUGGACAGGACAGACUACCUUCAAAAAGCCAAAGGUUUACUGGAGGACCAACAGUUCUAUGUCUCAUGUGCAAAGAAUCCUUUAAAAACGCUGACACGCGAAAUUAACGCUACGUUGUUGGCCUUGGAGAAGUCAGGUGCAAUAACACCGACCGACAGACGCAUGGCGAGACCCCAAGAUACGGCUUCGGCCCAAAGGGACUCCAACGUACGGACUGGCUAAGUGGCUGUUCCGGCGUCUCAAUUUCCUGACCGCUGAGUCAGACACCACGGUCUCUUCGUCAGCACAAUUCCUGGAGAAACUCAAAGGGGUAAGCAUCCAUCCAAAUGAGGUCAUGGUAUCUUUUGAUGUUACAUCCUUUUUUACUUCUGUUCCCCAGGACCUGGCGACUGAAACAAUCGAGCUGCUUCUACAAAGCAAAUACGAUGAAACGGAGAAUCGUCUUGGACACGUCCAAAUCCUUCAGCUCCUGAAGCUCUGUCUCAGUACGUACUUCACGUUCAACGGGACAAUCUACGAGCGGGUGAAGGGCACACCAAUGGGUUCGCCGAUUUCGGGAUUCAUCGCCGAGGCGGUCCUGCAACGGUUAGAGUUGCUGUUCUUCCAACGCCACAAACAGAAGUUCUGGGCCCGGUAUGUGGAUGAUUCAUUCGUCUUGAUCGAAAGGGAUCAGUUGCUGACAUUCCAAGAACAUCUCCACGCUGUCCUCCCGGACAUUCAAUUCACGAUGGAGGAGGAAGACCACCCAAUCAGCCACAAACGCAUUUGUGUAAGGAUGCUCUAUCGACGUGUCGAAACGCACUGCAGUGAGCCGCAAGACAAGAUUGCUGAACUGCAAUACCUCCGACGGGUCUUCAAAGCCAAUGGCUACCCGCGCAAUUUCGUCAACGGGUGAGUACGCAAAAGGGACGAAAGGCCUAACCGCACGGACACCAAAUCUUGGCGGGCACUUCCGUAUGUCAAGAACGUUUCGGAAGCUGUCAGCCGCCUUCUCGCACCACUUGGGGUUGGAGUGGCACACAGACCAGUGGCAACUAUCAGGCGUUAGGUAACGAAACCGAAAGACCCAGCACCACGGCAAGAAACGACGGGAGUCCCUUAUCGGAUCUGGUGCAGUUGCAGACAAAGCAACUACGUCGGAGAAAUCGGAAGACAGCUCCGAACGCGAAUUGCCGAACACGCUGUAACGGUACGGAGAAAUGACGCCAGCUCUCAAGUUGCGGCUCAUUCGACGAGACCCGCCCACACAUUCAAAUUCGACGAGGCCGAAAUUCUCGCAAGAGGUGACAACUGCGUGAGCCGGGAGCUACUUGAAUCAUGGUUCACUGGCCUCCAGUCCAUUAACAAGUGCAAUGAACUUCCCCUUCCAUAUUGGGUACUGAGACUUCGCCUGGACGGAGUAAUAAGACACGCUGGGAGCGCACAAGUGAGCACUUUUUCCAACGCCAGGGUCAGUGGAUCAGAUGGUCGAGCAAUCAUCACACCAGCAUCCAACGCACGUGAGGAAAUUGCAGCAAUUAACGACGCGAAUGUCGGCCAUCAAGCAAUUAAAACACCAGGUGCAACGAUCCCGGAUGAAGCGGGAGCAGUGAAUGUUCACAGGAAUGUGGUAGCAUGGUGACUGCAUCCUAUAAAUACUGCAGCCUCUGGUGCAUGAAUCACCCGUAUCUGCUGUCAUCUCUGAUGAUGGGUUCGAUCAGGAACCCGAAACGUCAGGCUCAUAAAGCUCUUAUCCCAGCGAUCGUGUCUCCUUCUUCAACUUUAGGUUACUCUGUUGAUCACCCAACAUUAUGAUGUUUUUCGUUGAACGAAUUGCAGUAUGAAGUUUUUCCCAGAAUUUAAAAACCUACCUUAGGUUAAGGUGCGCGAAGAAGUCUUUUCUCGAUUCACACGACCGAGCGCCUGUCGAAAUUACUAAUGGCCGUAACCUCGAGAAGACAGAGCUUAUUUACGAUGCAAAUGGAUUUUACUGAGCUGGGUUUACGCAGCACUGACCCAGAUAUUUUUCUGCAGAACCAGCUCGUUUUAAUGACAGGAUGGGAGAGUCUUGUCCUGACAUUCACACGGAAGGUUAAUCAAGUAGUCGUCGAAAAUAGUUUCAAAAGAUACCCUAACAGGUGUAUCUCUGAGGGUGGGUUCGAACAGGAACCGGAAACGUCGUUCUCAUAAAGCUCUUAUCCCAGCGAUUGUGUCUCCUUCUUCUUCACGUCUCUCGUAUGUCAUAAACAGGCAGAUGGGUUUGCAGACCAUGAACGGGCUUCGUGAAUUAGGCUUGCUGAAACCUGAUUUCUAAUCUUGAAGUUGGCAACAUUUACAUUACGGUUUUAUGACGGCGCGACAGAUAAAAGUGCGUUAGUGAAGACAGCUUAUGAAAAAUUCACCGAAUUUUCCUGUUUAGUAUACUAUACUAGUAUAAUGCUGAGAUAGGUCUAAGGGAUGCAAAAUCGGACGAAGUUGAACAAACAUCCUCUGUCUCGUCUCACCUGUGUAACCUCCGUUUUCUCAUGACAUGUCUUUUAAAACAUUCUGCUUCCUAUACUAAGAACUCACAGAGCUCUGCUAUAAGGACUAGGUUGCAAAUGACCUAGAUUCCUCAGUAAGUGUGGUAACAUUACCUUGAUAAGCCUCUCUGAAUCAGAAUACAACAAUAGCAAGAAUAAUCAUGGAGCCCUCGGUUAGAUCGGCAUCGCCAUAAAAAUGUUUGCUUAAGUCUGCUACUAACACUCCGAAAGACAGAAUAGACCAUGAUAUAAAACCAUUCCAGCGAUAUCUCAAAUCCCUCUUAAAAUGAAAUGAGAACAUCGCCGUCCUAAAGAACUUCAGGCUGUGCCAAAUAAAAGAACUCGGAGGAAGCGUCGAUUUAACCGUGACCACAAUGCGGAGUGAGGAUAAAGCGCAGCUUCUGCCAAGCACGAAACCAGCAUUCCAAAUCGUCUCCCAAACAGUUUUUCAGCAAGAUGUAUCGCCCCCAGAACGGAGAAUUGGAAAGAACUCAAGGCCGAACCCCUCUGGAGAUCCGGCCUGGACGAUGUCAAUCCCAAAAUACUUACGAAGAAGUUAUUCAUGUACGGAGGUUAUUUCUCUGGAGAAAGCCCACAACCCUCACAACUUAGGCGCGAUGAACAUCAUUUCGCCUCAGUCUGCACCAGCAGGGUUUUGCAUCAAAUCCGACGGAAUUGGUAGACGCUUAUGUCGCAGAGCUACUCAGGUCAAGGCGACUUCUGCCCAGAAUAUCAUCAUCAUUUCGGACACAGACCAGCUCAUGCAGUCGGUUUUAGAAAGACGUCCGGGUGUUGUUGCCUUAACAGAAACAUUGCUCCAAGCCGAAAUAAUGGAUGUCAAGAUUUCGAUGGAAGGAUGUCAAUCCUCUGGCCGAGACUGUCGGAAUAGACUGGGUGGUUGGAUAGUCGUAAACGUGAUGUCAGAACUUUUGACAGAUGAACGCACACACCCUCUUCACCUUGUAUAUGAAUCCAUUCGCAUAAACAUAAGUCAGUUUAUGAAGGGAAUGAGGAUUUCGCCCUUGAGCUCCCUAUUCAUAUCGAUAGACAGAAAUAAAGUCAUCAUUUACAUCAGCAAAUGCGAAAAGUUAAGAAGUUAGCGGUAAGUGUGAGCUAGGCGCAAACUGCCGCCGCUAAAACAAUCAUUAUUGUAUGUACAGUAGGUUCUCAACAAAUGAGCGUCUAGUCUGCGCUUAAAGGAUUCGACACUAUCGGAAAGAACGCCGGCAUCAGGGAGUCCAUUCCAUGCCCCGAUGACCCUGUGAGAGAAGGCGUUCCGUCGGACGUUCGAAUGAGCCCGCUUCCUUUGCAGUUUGAACGGAUGACCACGCAGACGGUCAGUCCGGGCCAAUUCAAAGAGUAAGUCACAAAACCCGGGAUUCUUGAUUGUUUACAGAUAACCAAACCAGCCGAAUGCCGCAGACGAGUUAGUCCUGGAAGUGACUGGACAGUAAGAUAUUCUUAUUGCUGGGGUUUUUAACGUAGCCGCAAUAGGUUGGGAAAUGUUGGUCAAUGACAGCGCGUUUAGCUGAAAGCUGAUGGACCUCACAUUCGACCUUCCCCUUGCACAGAAUGUAAAGUUCUCGCGAGGUUUGGAUAGAUCCAAAGGCCAGUUGUCUGGGUCUGGUGCUCACGAAAAUUUUCUCUAGCAUUGAUGAAGCGUAUUUCAAUGCACCUCUCGAGAAGAGUGGCCACACCACUCUCUCGUGGGAUUAACCAUUAAAUUUUCAGAACCAGCAGAUGGUGAAAGGCCAGCGAAGUGUAAGGAAAAGAAAAUUCAGAAUUAUGGAGAAUAGGUUUGCGUCCGAGAACUGGAACUUUUUGCCCAAGAGUGAUCCACAGGAAAACUGCAGAUUAUUUAAAAAGACCCCACUGAAUAUGAUUCAGGGCCUUUGUCCGCUUAAUUUAUCAAAACGACCAAUAUUUCUGCCUGGUUAACUCCAUUCUAGCAUAGAGUUAAGGAAUAAAAGUAGAAAAUGGAAGAAAUUCAGGAAAACUGGCUCACAUUGACAUUUCAAAAAAUUUCGUCGUCAGCGAAUUGCUGUUAAAAUUCUGAUCUGCCUGGUACAAGAGGAAUAUGAAUACAUUAUAAUUUAAUCACUCGAAGAUAGGCCGGAGUUUUUAUUCUAUUAUGCCAAAAGUCGGCUUAACAGCAAAGACCCAAUCGGAGUACUUACGGGUGAUAAUGAUGUAGAAUUCGUUGAAAAUUUUGAGGAAGCUGAAAGCUUGGGCCAUUCCUUUGUUUCUGUAUUCACCAGGGAGAUAAACUUUCGGUUUCACAAACGCCAGACUACUGUUGCAAACGCCGAGCGAGUGAUUGAAUCUAUUUUCUUCCCAGCAACUAUCGUAAGAAAUUUUCAGUCUUAAAAAAAUUUCAGUCAUGGGGUCUGGAAUAUGUCCCAGUCAAGUUCACGGGGAACUUGGAAAACGAUUUAUUCAAGCCACUGAUACAUAACUUUUACUCGUUAUUUUAAUUAGGAAGACUGCCAUCCCAAUGGAAUGUAGCAAGUAUCUAGGCGAUACACAAGGAUAGGGCUCGAAUCAUCGUGAAUAAUUAUCGUCCCGCUCGUCCAACAUCUCACAUGUUGAUAGAGGGGCGAUAACUGAUCGUUCUCUCGGAACUCACUUGUACCGUUUUGCCUUGCGGGUUCUCUCUCGAGCCCAACCAGUAGUCAAACAGCGGCGCACGACAUAGGCAGCAUGGUAACGGAAGAAGGUAACACGAUCGCCGGGACAAGAGCUUUAUUAGCCUGACGUUUCGGAUUCCUACUCGAAUCCAUCAUCAAAGACAAAAGAGCAGAAACGCGUGGUUGUUGCACAAGGGGCUGCUGUAUUUAUAGGAUGCCGUAGCCAUGCUACCGCAUACCUAUGAACGUUCACGGCUCCCCCCCCCCACUUCAUCCGGGAUUGUCGCACUUGGUGUGAUCAUUGCUUGAUGGCCGACAUUCGAGUCGAUAAUUGCUGCAAUUUCAUCACGUGCGUUGGAUGUUGGCGUGAUGAUUGCUCGACCAUCUGACGCAUCGACCCCGGUGUUGGGAAGAGUGUUCACCUCUGCGCUCCCCGCAUGGCCUGUUACCCCGCCUAGGCGAAGUUUCAGUACGGAGUAUGGAAUGGGAAGAUCGUUGCACUUGUUGAUGGACUGGGGGCCAGUAAACCAUGAUUCCAGUAGCUCUCGGCUCACUCGGUUGUCACCUCUUGCGAGAAUUUCGGCCUCAUCGAAUUUAAAUGUGUGACCAGAUCUCGUCGAAUGAGCUGCAACUUGAGAGCUGGUGUCAUUUCUGCGCACUGCUGCCGCGUGUUCGGCCAUUCUCGUUCGGAUCUGUCUUCCGGUUUCUCCGACGUAGUUGCUUUGUCCGCAACUGCACGAGAUCCGAUAAACGACUCCAAACGUUUCUAGCCGUGGCAGUGGGUCUUUCGGUUUCAUGUUUAGACGCCUGAUGGUUGCCUCCGGUCUGUGUGCCACUCCAACCCCAAGUGGUGCGAGAAGGCGGCUGACAGCUUCCGAAACGUUCUUGACAUACGGAAGUGCCCGCCAAGACUUCGUGUCCGUGCGGUUAGGCCUUUCGUCCCUUUUGCGUAUGCACCCGUCGACGAAGUUGCGCGGGUAGCCAUUGGCUUUGAAGACCCGUCGGAGGUAUUGUAGUUCAGCAAUUUACUUUCCGGCUCACUGCAGUGCGUUUCGACAUGCCGAUAGAGCGUCCUUACACAACUGCGUUUGUGGCUGAUUGGGUGGUUACUGUUGAAGUUCAGUACUUGCAUCGUAUUUGUUGCGUUCCUGAACACUUUGGUCUUUAGUCCACCACAAUCCUUGCGGCAUACGAGGACAUCCAGGAAGGCCAGCUGGUUGUUCUCUUCCUCCUCCAUCGUAAAUUGAAUGUCCGGGAAGACGGCUAUGGCAUGACCUCAUUCAUACCUUGCAGCUUGUUGGGGGUCGCGAGUAUGUUCUAUGACUUCUUCUAAGUUGCUGGCACGUACCAUCUGCGUAAUAACACGUUUUAACUGUAGAGGAAAUGGUUCUCUUACGACUGCCCAAUGAAGUAGUUGGAACCUGGAACUGACUUCUUGCUUUGGCGGUACUUUCAGACACUGUUGAGACGUCUAAAUACGGACUUGGCACUCAUGUCCUGAGAACCUACUUGAGAUGAUUUAGUAGACUGGGUAAAUCACGAGCUGUAAGUCGAAAGUCUGAAGUGUGUUUUUGACUCAAAAAAAUUACAUAAAUAGGACUGCGAUAUUAGCCAUCAUGUAGCAUAAGCCCAUAAUAACUCAGCCACUUCAGGAUGUCGGCUUUUGAACGAAAUUCUUUGCAGCUGCCAUUAAAAAGUAAAUUCCGUAAAAAUGACUGUUUAAUUACUAUGGAUUUUUCUCAUUGAUUUUCGAUGAUGUUAUGGAUUUAGAUAUAUUUCAUAAAACCUAUGCAUAAACAAAUUUGCUCUCUGAUUCACUUGGUAGAAAAUUACGUCUUUUUUAAAUUCUUUUUAUUUUAAAGAACCGUAUAAUUCAGUUUUUAAACUGCUUCUAUUUAUAAGGUUUUUUCAAACCGUGAAAUGCUCGUACAUAAAGCAUCGUGCUUCCGCAAUUAUUAAUGCUGCUUGCGAAGUUUACAAUAUGCUUGAAACCUACUGCUGAAUUUUAUAAACCCCACAUAGUUUCCCCCUAGAUAGUGCAGAAAUAUAUAAUUUUCCCUCAACGCAAAACAUGCAGUUUGUAGUUAGUAUGCCCUAAAUGUGAGUGUUAAGGCAGGUCGGGCUCAAAAUUAUUUGGGAAUCGGAAAAGUUUUUAAAAACUGAAAUAUACGCUUACUUAAAACUUACAGUUGGAGGAUGAUGUAGUCUCCUGCCAAAAGAGUAAAAGAGUAAAUAUUUUUAUGCACAAUUUCUAGAAAAUAUGUUUCAAUUUAAAACGGCACUGAAAAUAGAUAAUGAGAGUUUAGACCAUUUGGGUAGUCAUUUUUUACAGAAUGUAGUCUUUGUAUGCGGCUAAGAGGAAGUUCGUUCAAAUAACGGCAUCCUGUCGUAAUUGAAUUAUUAUGCGAUUGCGCUGUGAGUGAUUAGUAUUACAACACUACUAAGCAAUCUUUUCGAGUUGAAAACGCAAUUCUGAAUUACGAUUAACAUUUUAUGAAUUAACAUACCCACUGUAUACUUUUGUCAGUAAUAGCACUAUGUGCUCGGCUCACAUGUGUUGGGGAAUUUGCAGAAUCUAAAAUUACUGCUAUAAAAAUUAACGUUAUUGCCCCUUGAGAAAGCUCAAAAGCCAGUGACGUAUUAACAAAGCGAAGUAGCUUAAAGUGACUGCCUUUUCACAGUCUACUCCUUUCUCUACCUAUUGAUAAUCCAUCUGUGGUCGUUACAUAUACUGAUCCUACUAAAGCCUCUGGUAAAGUGCCACACAGACACUCUUACUAAAACUUGGGGUUUUAGGAAUUACAAUCCCCCUUAUUGAAUUACAGUGAGCGACCGAUCUCAUGAAAUAUUGGCUGAAAAUUUCAUAAUGCGAUUUCGAUAAGGAAGGAUUACUUAGGUACGGCUGUACUACUAAUUACCUUGCGGCAUACUCCUAUAAUAUUUAUCAUUCGGCAGGAUGAGAGCUUUGGAAUACGAUGCUUUUCAAACGACACUGGAAACCGUACUUGGUGAAAAAGACUACUUAGGUACCAUGCAUUUUACCCACUGAUUUUGGAUGGUCCUGAAAAUGCAAAUAUAUUUUUUAGAAACCAAAAAUUAUGCCUUCUUUCAUUCGUGUGAUAGAGAAUCACGUCAUCUUUAUAUUUUAUACGCGAAGAAGGAGUAUAAUUUGGUUUUAAAGAAGUUUUUGAUUAUGUAAUUUUUUAAGACAGCUCACUGUCCACUCAUAUAUCAUCGCACCUGUCCGUUUACCACUUCUUCUAAUGAAAUAACUUAAUUGACUCCAUAUGCAUCUUUUAGACUGAAAUCAAUUAGCGAUAAUGCAAGGACUGAUCAGGUUCCACAUUAUUCGGCAAUCAGAAAACUUUCUCAAAUCCGAAUUAUACUCCUUCUUCGAGUAUACAAUAUAAAGAUGACGCGGUUCUCUUUCACACGAAUAAAAGAAGGCAUAUUUUUGUGCUUUCUAAAAAAUAUAUUUAAAUUUGCAAGACUACCUAAAAUCAAUGCGUAAAAUGCAUGCUACUCAAGUAGUCUUUUUCACCAAGUACGGUUUCCACGGCAAUUUGAAAAGCAGUGUAUUCCAAAACUUUCAUCCUGCCGAAUCAUAAAUAUUAUAGGAGAAUGCCGCAAGAUAAUUAGUAUUACAGCCUUUCCUAAGUUAUCCUUCCUAAUCGAAAACGCAUUACGAAAUUUCAGCCAAUAUUCCAUGAGAUCAGUCACACACUGUAAAUGGGUCAUACCUAUCGGAAUGGAAAUAGCAAUUCACCAAAGUAUUAAUAAGAACGAAUGACGGAUUCCUCUAAGAUGCCGUGUUAGGUCUACUUAUGUUUAGUUUUGCAUUAAUUAUAUUCCAUCCGCAGACAAACAUGCUCAGUUUUUUACAUAAUGUGAUGAUUUCAAAAGCCGCCUGCCCCUUCAGCCUGGAGUCCAACGUAGUUAGCGGAAUGGGCCCAAUCAAAAUGCCUCCAUACGUGUAUCGGACCUUAAAGGCUGCCUUAGUUAGGGAUUUUUUACGUGACUCCCGUAAGUGAAUGUCCCACCAUUAAGCACUUUGGUUAAAGCUACGAUAGCAAAACGGCGAAAAAUACCGAAAUUUGCGGCUUUAUUUCUUACAACUUUUUCGUCUUUAAAUUAACCUCAAACUUCGUUGUAUCCUUAUCCUUCCAUUCUCAAAUAUUGCCGUCCAUAGUGUGGUUUUACGAGCGAAUUUUGUCCCUCAAAAAUAAAAAAAUGUCUAAAGAUAUUUAUCAAAAAACUGUUACAGUACACACAUCAAAAUGUUCCUCAAAUAAACAAAUUCUGAUUGUCUAACCCACUUUUUGUAUGAGAUCAGAGAUUAGAUGUUGUUUUCUGUAACUUUUUACGUUAAUAUUAGUACACAUUUUCCUCUGAUUUCAGCUGUCACACAUAUUAACCGUCUAUAUGACAUUCGUAAUUCCUCCUCGAUUAUCUCCCCCCCGCAAUCUCUAUUCUUCGCUCACAGUCGUACCUCCACUUGACAUAACCUUCCAAGUUUCACUGGAUUAUAAAAUAAUUUUUCUCCUUUUAAGGGACCAGUGCGCCAUUAUAGAAAUACUGACUCGACCAACUUUUCAUAUCUUUCGUCCUUCCUUAGCAAUCAUCCCCAUGGCUUAGAUAAAGGGUCAUCGGAACCUCAGGUAAUCUUCUCCAUUCUUAUUUGUCCGCCUACAUUUUCGCCUCUGUGAGUGGCUUUGUCCCUUGUGAUUUGUUUUCGUAAGUUUUGAUUUUCUCGGACUAGGUGUCAAGGCCUUUACCGGGCUCGAUGUUUUCCCCAAUCAAUCUCUAGGACACACGGUCAGGGUUCUUGUGGCGCACACAUUCUAAAUCCCCUUAGUUUCAGCCGCCGUUCAGCCUGAUCAGUAUCUCGUUCCGGACACUGUGAUGCCGUCCUCCCACCCCACAGUCGGUCCCCUCUUAGGUCUGCCACAACCUACCAUCCCUGCACACUGUAAUGACGCUUUGCAAUUUCUUGCUCACCUGUCUGUAGCAUAGCACCCCAUCCCCCAGAUAAACCUCCAUUACGCCUCCAUUUCCAUUACCGAAGCAGUUUUUCUUCUGAAGGUUUCACUUGAAAUUAUGGGUUCUAUGAACUCCGCUCGCGCUUUGAAUUCAAGAGUAAUUUUCACCCUUUUACCUAAAACAUCCAAAUGAGAUGUUGUGGAUAUUUCUGCCAAAAGUAUCGUGUGCGAAAAGACAAUCGCCGACUGCCGCCAGAAUACUUUCCAUUGUACAAUUUGCUUCUCAUGCAGAACUUAGAUUCGACAUUAUUCUUCAUAUUUGGUCGCUUAAAUCAGUGUUAAUUGUACCUUGAUAUUGCAUUAUUAUUUUCAAUUACAAACUUCUGUCUUUUCAUUCCGAAGUUAUUUGAGUUUUCAGGGUGUGUGGGGUGCUGUAGGCGCGGAUUUUAAAUGUGCCGUCAUACCAGGUUAAUCGAUGCUAUUGGAUGAAAAAUAUACAAGAGUACUCUGGCGAGUAUAUUUUACCGCACAUACCCUGCCCACAGUUAGCAUAGAAGAUGAUUUAGCCUAGGCGACACCAGCUAAGCCUGGUUGCGCCGGCACGACCAUGAUGUCAGAAGCUAACUUUUAUAAUUAUAAUAAUAGUGUAUUUUAGGGUAAUAGGCAACGCCCUUGAUGUCCUUAUUGAAAACGAUAAUACAAUAUAAAUGUUUAAUGUACACCUUACUCAAACUUUGUCAGUAACAUAUUUGUUUACGGAAAACGUUUCUAUUGUGCGGGACUGCGAAGGGUGCGGCAGGCGGUCUUCUCAGUGUACGUAUGAGAUUUUAAGUGCAGUUAUAUACAAUUAGCAUAAACUGCAGUCAUUUGCAUAUUUUGAGAGGGGAAAUUUCAUUAAAAGUCAGGGAUGUGUUAAGUAGGAAUGAAAUCAAGAAAUGAAAUUUAUUGCUGGCCGCAGAUAGUCCUGUUGUGAGAGUCGUCGUUUAUCAAAGAUCAAACGAUGGAGCUGGCUUUUGAAUACAGCCAUUGUAUCAGAUGUCACUAUUUCACUUGGGAGUGAGUUGCAUGGUCGAACAACACGCUGGCUGAAGGAAAACUCCCGAUUGUCUAGGCGUGUACGCUCCCGCUUCACUUUGUACGGGUGACCGCGCAGGUGACUCGUGGUCGUGAAUUCAAAGAAGUCGUCAGUUCUGAGCGAACAUUCGUGCCCGUGGAUAAUGCGGAAUGUCCAAAACAGGUCACACCUCAUUCGUGAAUAGGAAAGGGGGAACGAAUUUAACUGGAUCAGUCUUUCUGUGAAGGACAGAUUCCUGAGACCGUCCACCAGUUUUGUGGCCCGUCGUUACACCUGCUCUAUGGCAUCACUGUCUUUCUUCAUCCAGGGAAUCCAUGAUGGCAUUCCGUAUUCCAAGUGCGGUCUGACGAACGUGCCGAAUAUCUGUGAUAAGAGUUCUGGAGGAAAAAUUUUGAUGGCACGUCUAAUCCAGUGCAUGAUGCUGGUUGCCAUUUGGACGAAUCUUUUGCAGUGCUGAGAGGGCAGCAAGUUUGAGCAUGUACAGACACCUAGGUCUUUGUGCGUGUCCACUUCUUUUAUUUGAACCCCAUUUAUGGUAUACUGAUGUUUUGGGAAGCGCCUCCGUCCAGAUUCUAGUCGUAAGAGUACACACUUGGAUACGUUAAACGUUAGAAGCCACUUGCUGGACCGCACAGCCAGCUUAUUAACAUCUUCCUGUAGCUUCUGCGCGUAUUCAACGCAGCUGAUUAUUUUCCAGAUCUUUAUAUCAUUUGCAAACAUGACGCCAUCGCAUUCAAGAUCUGCAGGACAGUCAUUUAUAUAGAUGAGGAAGAGGAGAGGACCCAGGACUGAUCCCUGCGGAACGCCGCUUUUUACUAGCACCCAUUCGGAUGCAGUGGUACAAACGAUCACUUUUUGGAGUCUGCAUGACAGGAAACUUUUAAUCCAAUUAAAAGUGUUUCCCUGUAUUUCACACUCCCAAAUCUUCUGUAGGAGUCGUCCAUGAGGAACAUUAUCAAACGCCUUCUUAAAGUCAAAGAGGAUGACGUCCACUGGACGGCCCUGGUCUAUGGCUCUUGUCCACUUUUCUUGAGAGUAAAGACUGCUUGUUAGGCAGGAGUGACCACGACGAAAUCCGUGCUGAGCAGCAAAUAACAGGUCCCUCUGCUCCACAUACGACAUUAAAUGCCCUUUAAUAAGUCGUUCCAUUACCUUGCAUUGAAUGCAGGUUAAACUAAUAGGACGGUAAUUUUCGGGUUCCAGCCUGGAUCCUCCUUUAUAAAUCGGAGAAAUAUGGGCCGUUUUCCAUUCCUCCGGCAGUUCGCCUUCGUCCAUGGACUUCCGAAAUAUCUUGGACACCGGCUUACAGAGUACAUCAGCCAAUUUGCGGAGGAUAAGUGGAUGAAUUCCAUCUGGACCAGGUGAUUUGGCAGGUUUCAGCCGGCGCAGUUCGGUCCUUAUCAACGUGGGUGAGAAGAAAGGAUUGUCUUCCAAUGCAGGACAGGAAGGAUUUUGUCGUUGGUCUACGUAAGGCAUGGCAGGAGGGUCUGUGUCAUGAGUGAAUACCGAAUGAAAUAAAUUGGAGAAGGCUGAUGCUUUCAGGUGGUCAUCUGUCUCAAUUACUCCGUUUUGGGAUCUUAGCGCUGGAAUCGGUUCACGAUUGCUCUGUCAAUUACGUAUGUAACUAUAGAUGAUUUUAGGAUGCUCCAAGGAAUUUUGUAAUAUGCACAGCUCAUAGUUGCUUCGAAGUCUAUGAGCCUCGCGUUUACACACAUUCCGCUGUCACUUGUAUUCCUUCAGAUGUUCAGGACUGUCUGUUUGUCGAUAACGUCUCCACACUUUAUUUCUCCUCUUAAACGCGGUUUGAAGUUUCCGGUUUAUCCACGGCGGACGGUUGCUUGUUUUGUUUCGUCUGAGUGCACAGUUUAGAUUAACGAUUCUUUUGACUAGUGAGCUGAACAUACUCCAGUAGUCAUUAACUGUUUCCUGCAGUGUGGUUGUCCACGGUAUUGCUGAGACUUGCGUUUGCACGCUAGAAAAAUCCCCUUUCCAAAUAUUUGUUUGUAAUUGUUCAGGCGAAUUAGGCUGGGAGAACAUGGAAUACUCGAAGAGCAUCACAAUAUGAUCACUAGCACCAAUUGACGGAAGAUCUUGUGUAUCCAGCACACUCUCCUCAUCUCGAGGGAGCACCAGGUCGAGGCAAUUUGAACGUUGCCCUUCCCUAACACGUGUUCCGAGAGUUACAUUCUGGAAAAGUAGCUUUUCUGCUGCCAUUUCAAGCAAAUGUUGUCCGAGUGUGUUCGAUGGACCCGAAACCGUCUAAGCUUGUCAGUCGAUAUUGGGGACGCUAAAGUCCCCGACAAUAAGGACGUCUCUGUUCGAGCAGGUCUUGUUCAGUUCCCUUAGGAGAAGGCUAUUGUGUUCGGAAAUCUAGCUUGGGGGACGAUACACAACUGCAAACGCCAGCCGCCUGGCGUAAUUAGUGGAGAUAGUUAAAGAUAAGAAUUCCAUUUCCGCCGUUGUUGUUGAAUUAUGCUCAGGGACCGCGGUUAGGUUUUAGCUAACAUAGACAGCGACCCCUGCUCCUCGGCUUCUCCUGUGUCUUCUGAACAGUUGGUAGCCUCUGAGGGAUACCCCAUGAUCUCCAAUAGCUUCAGAAAGCCAUGUUUCUAUCAAGGCAAUGAUAUCUGGCGUGUGCUCGUCGAUCAGAGUCCUGAGUUUAUCCAUCUUGUUAAACCGGCACUGCACAUUCGAAUACAGCACCUAUAGUGUCCGUCUUCUCGGGAGGAACUGGCCCUGAUUACAAAGGGGGUUAGCCACAGGAACGAUCGUUCGAUCUGUAUUAUCUUGCCUUCCUUUAGUUUCAAUCCCUUCUCCCCCUCUUCUGUCCUUCUUUUCAGUUCUGUCCACAGCUCCCUCAUCUUGUGUCUUUCUGUCGGUUCGUAAACCGGCUGAAAAAACACUUUCUUAUGCGAAUGCCAUCCUCCCUUCUAGGAGAUGUGAGGCCUGGGCUUCAUUUGCAAUAAUAAUUGUAAGAGGCCUUGGUAAUGCACGCGACGCAUCUGCGCUUCCUAAACGGCAAGCUUUGUGCACGGUAACACAUUCUCCGUCCUGAAGGACGGCAUUUGAAUAUGUUUGAAAAAGCUUGAGGUCGUGUUCGAUUCUUUCUUUUGCAGUCGAAGAAUUGGACUCAGGAGCUCCCUUUAUGACGAUGUUUCGUUUUCGGUAGAGAUGCCUAUUUGGAACAGAGCCCAUACGUUUAUUUUUACACGCCCGUUCAGAAUUUCGCCAAUUUCCGUUGUCAUCGUUUGACUCAGAGACAGCUGUGAUGGCGUAGCUACCACAGGGUUCCUCACCUACCGAUUCUUCUUGGUCGUGCGAUACAUCCUUCGGCAGUGUGGUAUUUGCUGGCAUUGUGUAUGGACUCUGCUCUCUCAUACGGACAGUCUGACUAGCUUUUUCUUUUAGGGAUGCCCCGGGGACCUCAGAUCGUCCAGUCGGCAGAAAUCACGGGAAAAGCAAAUCCGUCGGAGCUCGAAAAUUUCAAACCGAAUACGAAAGGCGCGUCUUUAAGUAGUAUGCUAAUAGUUUCCGCGAACUCAUUGAAGGACGCUUCUGCUUCGUUCCGUCCCAACAACCAGUCCUAAUUUGUAACUCCAUGAAACCUCGCUCAGUGCGUCAGCCACGUCCCGGUAACCUCCCUUGACUGGCGGGUUAAAUCGAUUUAAGGCGUGUGUGUCUUCUCACCCCAAUCCCUAAUUUCGCUCCGCACCCCAAGCACGGAUGUCCUACGGAGAGGGCCACAUACGAUCCCGCGUGUGGCUCAAGUUUCUCCGGGUCGUCUUUGCACUAAAGAAAAGUCGUGAUCCCUGACAGACUUAUGGAUUCGCCUGGGUUGACUGAAUAACCCAUUUAGGGGAUCAGUGCUUACUCUCUGACAGGAGGGACGGCUAGAAAUGGUGCCUUGAAAUGCUACUUUAGACCGCGCCGUCGGUAAGCUGAAGGUGGCUUUUAGAGGCAAAAGCAAAAUAACAACAGGUAGAGGUCACCGUCCCCAUUCUCGUCCCCGUCCUCACAGGCUGUUAGAGUGAGAUUGCUCAUUCUGACAGCCCGUAAUGCUCGUUUCCUUUUAGCUAAUCCAAUGGCAAGCCGCCCGGAAGGAGUGACGCUCUGGUUGCCGCGAACCUAACUUCUACAAUGUGAACCUCACUGUUCUCAGUGAGACUCGAUUCUCCGAAGAGGGUUGGCUGGAGGAGGUGAAUGCAGGUCACAACUCCUGGACCGACCAUCUAAAUACAGAGUAACUAGACGAUGGCGUCGUCUUUGCCACUGGAAUAGUGUCGUGGGGAAACUGUCUCAUCUGUCACAGGACAUCAACGACUGCCCCAUAACUCUGCGCCUGCCUAUUCUGGGAACCAGGUUUGUCACCGUCGUCAGGCUCUACGCCCUCUACUGACCAAAUAUCACGAGGUAAAGAACAGGUUUUAUAGAUAACUGGGGGCCCUCCUAUCGAAUUUGCCGAACUCACGCAAAUCAAUUGUUUUUGGCGACCCUAAUGGCAGAGUCUACACAAACCAUUCAGCCUAGGAGAGCCCGCAAAUACAACGGCUUUCCCGUCAUACAGCCCUGCGAGAAAUACAAUAUUCCUCCUGGCCAUUACCUUCCUUCGCCUUGUGACAGCGAAAAAGGCAACAUCAGUAGUAGUUCAAGGACGAUGACGAAGAAAUUGGCAAUCUGCUCCCUGAGAAGUAUAGGUUACAUAAGACUUGUGCCAGCCGCAAAACCAACGCAAGCGCGACGGAAUUAUUUCGAGCCUGUAAUAACACUUACUGCGAGAGAUCCGAUGUGCAUGUGUUGGUCGAACUGCUAAAGAAACACCAGGACAUGCGGACCACAGCGGAAUGAAGAAUCUCUUCUCGUUAAUCAAGAAAGUCUACGGCCCCAACGAAAAGGAAGCCCGCCGUUGCUCGCAAGUUCUAAUGUGUUUGAUGGAGCACCUCAGAAGCGCCCUUAAUCGAUCGUGUACGAUCACCAAAGCUGCCGUCAACAGGCUCCCUCAAUUGAAGUACAAUGCCAGCCUCCCACCGUCGCCGCAAUAGACCAUUAUGACCGUACAUCAGACAGUUAGCGACAAAGUACCAGGGUCCGAGCCAAUUUCAUCUGGAAUCCACAAGUGUGUCUGCCUUCAGACUAGACAAGCUGACUGUACUUUUUGAAGAGACAAUCUGACAGGGACGAGUUCCACACUAAUUCAAAGGCGUGAUAAUCGUCCAUCCCUACAAUGGAAAGGGGCGCUUAAAACUCCAUGAAAUGCGCAGGGCAGUUAUCAUUCUCAGUAUCCCAAGUAAAACCUGCGUCCGCAUGCUCCUCAACCAACUGGAUAAAAAACGUCUCCCUGAGAGCCAAUACGGAUUCCGAUGACACCGCGAAACCACCGACAUGAUCGUAGCCACCCGCCAUAUCUGCAAAAGUUCUGACUGAGUUCACAGACCAUAUGACCUUCCAGCUCUCCAAGAUAUUCAACAGUCCAAUGAAGGCGGAGGCCGUACCUGCUGAUUAGAGGCUUACCAACAUAAGCCCCAAGCAUAAAGGUGGGGAAGAACCUCACCAAAGAGUUCUAGAUCAGUGAGUCUCACAAGCAUCUGUUUUAAACUAAUGGUGAAACCGGAACAAAUGAGAUAUAUUGAGGACAAAAAUUGGUAACAAUCGGAAUAUGGCACACAACAAAUCCGUUAUCUAGAAAUAAUAACUUUAACAGGGGAAUCAAACGCCAUCAAGCUAUAUCAGCGGUUGCAGGCCUGCUUUCACGCAAUACUUACAUUUUCCCUGACGGCCUAACAUGGGCUGACCGAACGAAUAUCGCAGGAGGUUACAUGGACGAUGGUCGCUGUUACCUAACCUUCCCCAUCCUUGCACACGUUCACCUGAAUAUACGGCAUACAUUAGCAUUAUGGCAGUUUAUUACAAAACAACAUCUCUUUUGAAUUGGAUAAGUCAGCACAAUAUGGGACAGGAACAGUUCCCAGGCAUCUGUCAAAGACAUGGCAUUGAGGACAAACCAAAGAAGAUACUGUACUUCGUCUAUGUUAGCCCACGCCCACACAGCUCGACCACAUACAGGACCUUCCUCGUGGAGUUUCCUUUUCAGUCUACUCCAGUAUGCCUCAAUGACAUUGGUGUGCCGUCCGGUGUUAGGGUCCUUGAAGUGCUUUGAGUGGUUAACAGAGAAAUGUAGAUAACCUUCUGAUGGAAGACGAUUAUACACCAUCCACUCGUCCGUUACCUCUAUAUUGCCUUUGGCGACCCAUGUUUUAAUAACGGAACGGUGACCGGCCCUACUUCGAUCAUUCGCCUGUUCAAAUAAGGCUUUCUGUAGGCUAGUAUCGUACAUCCCGACCAGCCACCACACAUAAAACCCAUAAUAUCACCUGCACCGUAAGACAGGCUGCUUUGGUUAGGCGGAUUUUUUGGGUGCCAUCUCCCGAUUGUUACCCAAAAAUUUGCCCAGUACGUAUCAACACGGAUUUAGAAUCGGAUCAAUCUUGUCUCAACAACCUGCUCACAUCAAUAGAAUGCUGGAUGAAAUCUUUAGAAAUGUGUUUUCCAGUUGAUGCGGUACAUAUUGACUUCAGCAAAGUCUUUGAUGGGGUUCUACACUGACGGCUGAUAUCUGAACUGUGUCAAACUGGUGUGGCUAGCAACCUACUCAAAAGGACGCCGACAUUUUCACAGGCAGACGUCAGUGGAUUUGUAUUGAUGACGCCAAAUCCGAGUGGGAAACCGUUCACAGCACGGUUCCGCAUGGGAGCGUCCUGGGUCCCAUUUUGUUUUUGAUAUGUUUGAACGAUUAGAUCGCAGUUGGCAGCCAGGAAUGGGGAGGCGGACAGCAUGAUUCCUGUCGCACGGGAAUGAUGGAAAGGGGGUUAUAUGGGUGGGGUAAAUGGAAGGGCUGGUGGAGGAACGCUGGAGUUUCUGGGUAAAAUUAAACUUACCAGGGCAAGUGCUGGGAAGUUUUAAGUAAGUGGAAUAAUGGCCGAAAUUUGAACCCUAACAUUAACCCUAACAUCCAACCCUGACCACAACUGUAAACCAUAAUCCUAAACCUCAAAACUGAAAAUUAAACGAAAUCCUUAAACCCAACGCCAACCAAAAACCUAGCCAUAAGCCUAAACUUAACCUUGACCCUAACCUUAACUCUAACACUAAAUUUAACCCUAACCCUAACCUCAAGCCCCAACCUAACCCUAACCCUAACCAUAAGCCUAACCCUAACCUUAAACCUUACCCUUACCUUCAGCCUUACCCUAACUUUAACCCUGACCUUAACCUUAACCUUAACUUUAACAGGAACCCUCACGAGAACCUAAAUCCUAACCCUAACACUGAAACCUGACCCUUAAACGCAAACCCUAAUACUAAAGCUUUAAUUACGCCUAACCCUUACCCUCACUAAACCCAACAGCCUGACCAAAACGGGCGACCUGCCUAACUCAGUAAGAGCACGCCUACUGAUAACAAGUACGUACGUCGACAGUAUCAACGUAUAAUGUCUGGCUACCAACUGCGAUCUUACCGUUUGAACGACCCGCGGGAAGUAACGUUCGCUAGCGAUCAGAGGAAAUGAAAUUCGAUAAAAAGAUCAGAAGAUACGCCGAACUUGCAAAGAUACUUGGACGCAUUUCAGCAGUGGUGUGAUGGGUGGCUCCCUAACCUCAAUUUCAACAAAUGUCAAAUCAUUCGACCACGGCCUCGUUACAGAAACAUGAUGAGAUUUGAAUAACAGUGUUUCAUCGGAGGUCAUCAAUCCGAGCCAGCAAAUGAGUUAAGGUGCCCAGGUCUGUGGAUGACGUCCGCUCUCAAGCUUUCGAUUUAUUGCGCCAAGAUAGCAAAGAAGGCUAUGUGUACCCUGAAACAGCUUAGAAGAUGCCUCCUCAACUUUGACGGAGAGCUUCUUUAUUCGAGGACUCGGAACAUUUAUCCGACUGAUGUUUAAAUGCUGCGUGCAGGCGUGGCGCCAUUGGAUGAGACAUGGCUAAACACUUACGAAAAAUGUCUAGCAGAGGGCGACCAAAUUAUUGAGCUAAGUGAUGUACCUGCCUUAUGAGGGACGACAAGUAAAGCAUAGAAUUUUCCUCUGUUCUCCAUAACACCUCCAGUUUUUAAAAGUCUGACCUCUUACCUCUACUCCCUCGUGCCUAACGCCAGUUUCUUCGGUGACUGCGCUGUUCUGUGGCAUUUAAGAACGGCGGGUGGUGUCGGUCGGUGGAGUCGGAAUGCCAAAAUUAUCACACAGCAGAUCGAGUGCCUCUUGGCCGUCUGUGGUAAAUUUAUGUCUGAGCUGGUUCGUACGCUUUUUGAUUUUUUUAGCUGCUGUCAGUACACCGACCACAAUGACUCUGGAAUUCCGUAUUAUGCCCUCAACCCAAGCCUUAUCUCUGUCUUUGUCAUUGCAAGCAAACAUCUCAUCUCUUUCCCGAAAGUGGUGUUGUGUAGUUUGGGAACCUCAGAAUUCUGGUUUUAGGUAAUUCGGUCGUACAUCCAAAAACACUCAACGGGUGUUUAGACGCCAAGAUUGCUUUCCGGAUUUACGAUACAGACAGAAAGUAACGUGUUGAGGUAGUUCAUUUUAGUGCCUGCGCUACACAUCUCAUUAGGUACCUUCAUGAAGGCAUCAACGAGACGCUUUGCUCGGGCGUUAACUUAGGGAUGAAGUGGGACGACGUCAGAUAUCGAUCCCCUAUCUCUGGCACAACUGCUGUAAUAAUGUCAACUUGGUGCUGUUAUCCGUCGCAAGCUCCGUGAGGAUGCCAUAUCUUAAAAUUAGUCCUUCGCUUUCCUGGCUUCGAUAUCCGCGCUGGCUGCCACUACAUCGGAGACUUCCAGCCACUUCGACCAUGUGCCGACAACUAUAAGAGGCCUUCCCUUGAAGAAUCGUCCAGCAAGCACGGGCGAUAUUUUUUGUGAGUUCUUGAGCUUACACCCAUAUGGGAUGCAGUUUCAAAUGAAAGAUCUCAAGGUGCCAUCCACUUCCGCCAACAUACACACCUUGGGACCAGUUGUUUCAUGCGGGUCGUGCCCUGAUGUCCUGUAUGCAGAUCCCGCAAAAUUUGUUGUGAAUAUUUGCUUGAAAUCAUCACCCUGCCAUCAUACAGUCUCCCGUAAUAUACAAACGUUCUUUCUUUUUUCUGAUGCGUUUUACAGAUGCGUGUACUUUAUCUUUGCCAGGGCAUCCAUUAUAAAUUAUUUCCUUUACCUGGCGCAAUAAUAAGUCUGCUGUAGUGGUGUCCCGAUGUGCUCGGCUGGGAGUGGCAACCGUCGUCGUCACCUUAUGUCUGCGUGCUUGCGAUCACCACGCCUUCUUGAUUUGCGUCGCUCGCGCUCAGUCAGGAUAAGGCGUCCGGAGCUGCGAACUUCUGAUUGGGGAUAUACUGGCUUGUGAAGUCGCAGCUUAGGAGGAUAGUAUUCCGUCGUUGUAUCCUCUCCUCGUUUUGGAUUACAUUCAAUUUCAGAUCGGCCUUUAAAUGUUGCUUACUACUUCAUGAUUUUCAAUAUUUUCACUCGAUCGUCUAUAAAAACAGAUUCCGAAUUACCUGUCUGUUAAUAACUUUGAAGUAAGAUUAUUCUUGACGGCACUUACCGAAUUAGUGAGCGUUCCGGCGCGCCUUUUCACGAAGAUGGUCUUUUGGGUCACAUUUUAAGACUCAUUCAAACAUCACACUUCAUUUUCGAGAAAAAUGGCUGUCCACAACGAAAGUCAGCAACGCAUAUGCCUUUGAUUAAUAAGAAAACUUUCCCUUCAAAGUUACCUCUUUAAGAAGUGCUUUAUUACUGCAUUUUGUUGGCCGAUCUCUGUGUGCUUUGCACAUUUGUCCGGUGAGGCCAUUUAAAAAGUUGACACUUUUGACUGCUUUUUUCACGUCCCUAAACAAUACUAAUAUUUUUCCGCCGUAGACGUAAGAACAUACCUUUUUCUAUACCUUGGGUUUUGUUGUUUUGCAUGCCAAUUUAACGAUAUUUCUUUUGAAUUCCGUGCAUCGAUUUAAAAUAAGCCCAACGUUAACAACGAAAGCUACUUGCACUUUUAUACGAUAAACAUUCGGUCCAGUUCGUGUAGUUCAAACAAAAUUAUUGGAAUUUGUAUGGUAAUUGAAGUCGGGUCAUCGGUAGGCUUAACGCUACUUGUAGCUCCCGCCAACAAUAUUGGCCUGCAUAUGAAAAUUUUAUUUUGUAGCUCAGCAUUGCUUAGCAUGAAACGUAAUAUUUCUAUGUACUAUGUUCGGCACUGAGGAUACAUGUCAGUCCUUCAACCAAGGCAAUACUUGACGAGCUCAAAGGAUACAAACUAGAAUACCGUAGUAAGGAAACUCUGAAGGGUCGAGGCGACGUGGACACGUAUUGGCGAGAGGGCAAAAGGGCCCCUUGAAAGUGACGGGUUAGUAUUGCCGAAUUUUCGUUGACAAACGACUAAGGAACUGGCAAUUGUAAAUUACUAGAGAAAGCACGAACUGUAGGAGAAAAAUAGGAAAUCGGUGAUGGCAUAAUAAGAUGUACAACAGAAAAAUUACGGUGAAAAUUCGAAUUGGCUCGCUGGAAACAAAUAUUAAAAAGGGAACUUUGAAAUAUAUGUUCCAGAAUAACGAUAAUUGUAACGUCGAACGUGACGCGAUCCAACAACGGCUUACUCACGAUUUUCCCCCAUGCACUGUGACUUUUCCGUGUCAGACCGACUUCACGUGGGAUUGGACUCAUUUGUUUGCGUAAUUUAAGUCCUUUCUAGCGUAGGACAUAAGAGUUCUACAACAACAAUGCCCAAUAUACAGAUAACUAGUAUCGUGAAGAUAGGAGGUUAGCAUGCUAGUGCAAAUCCGCAAUUCAACACAGUUUUUUACCUUUUAACUUCUGAUAUAUAUAUAACUAUAUAUGUACAUUGAAAGGGAGAGAGGAAGCUAAUUUAUUGGCUAGGGAAGGCCAUGCUGGCUUCACCCCUUAGUAGUACAGUUAAUAGUACACAUUUGGUGUGGAAUAUAUAGACAAACCCAACGGACGACGUCGUGUAUAGGUAUUUUUGCCGGUAAGGCUAACGCCAAAUCAAACUCAAGCCUGCUUUGACCCUAUAAAUAGAAAACGAUUGGCCCAAGAAACCAGGAUAACCGCAAUCAUUAUCGAAAUAUCGCGUGAAUUUUACCUGCCUAAAAUAGAGCUUGGUCGGUCUUAACGGUUUGGUUGAAAAGUGGAGCCCAUAGUUAUCCUGUCAAAUAGUUAAAUAAAAAACGACGUAAAAAGCUACCCUGAAAGGUUUUUAUGUGAGGUAAAUUCAGCAGGUGAGCUGCAUCAAAUGGAUAAUGCUGCCCGCAUAUGCAUAAGUGUCUGGUAGAGAAACCGACAUACGGGGAGGACAGAAAAACAAUGGAUGUUGAUGGAAAUGUCGUAACGGUCUAAAUCGCGAGCUUGAUUCUGAGGAGGUAAAGGGAAUAUUUGGAAAUCAACGUUAACUAACCAGUUCUAGCCAAGGAGGAUAGUAUUCGUUUUCCUACAGCAAGGAGACGAUCUGAUUGUCAUGAUGCCUCGUCUCUGGCAUAAGUGGUUUUCAAUGCUGCCCAUCGCUAUGGUUGCUAAGCAAAAUUUGUGGAGGUAAAAGUCAUUUGAGGGAGUGCAGUACAUAAUCUUACUUUCAAUUAUCAGUUGUACUACAUUUAUUAAAUACUCGUGACAUCUGUUGGGUUUAGUUAGAUAUCUUUUCGUAUCGCAUUAUGCACUGAUUGGAUGUUUAGUGGACCGCUGGAGUGUGCUUACCUGCUGAACUAUGUAUUCAAAAAUCACAACGGUAGCAGGACACCUAUCUGUAAGGGGGGGGAGUGGUAACCAGGUACAAAGAAGGCCAACCUGGCGGGUAUACUCUAAGGCAGUCCGCCAAGGUAGGAUGUGAUGGUGUUUCUUAGAAUGCUACAUUUUCACUCAAACCUGGCCGUCUGACAGAUCGCGUUGCUGUCUCAAAAUCGAACUACACUCUCCCCCACCCACCUUAUUAAGUUUCUUUGUUGGUUACUUGUACCUAAAAUUUUUAAUUAUAGACACCAGUAUAUUUUGGACUUGCUACGGAAGAUAAGCCUGUCCGCAGGAGGUCCCGCCACGAACGAGAUGGGGGAGCAGAACUAG